UUUUAGUCUGCAGCCCUGUAGGGCCCAGUCAACUUCAGAGGCAGCCGAGGACGGAACUAUUUCGUACCACACUAUCAUGGAUCUCUACCGAAAAAACAAAAACCCGACGGAUUAUAGCGCCGGCCAAGGGAAAGCGACAACCUGCCCCGACGACCGGCUCGACAGCGGCCUGGACUCGCUGAAGGACGAUGAGCUGAACAGCCUGACGAGCGAGACUGAAGGACUGCGGAUCAGCUGCAGGGAAGAGCCCGGAGAUGGGCUGGGAGAGCCAUGGAAGCUGCAACGGACCGAGGACGGAGACACGCUUCUUCAUCUCGCCAUUAUUCAAGAAGAAAAGGAAUAUGCUUUCCAGAUGAUCGAUCUCUCUCGUCACAGUGCUUUUCUCAAUAUCCAGAACUAUGAGAGACAGACACCUCUCCACCUGGCUGUCAUCACGGAGCAGCCUGAGCUCGCUGAACGCCUCCUGAAAGCGGGAUGCGACCCACAGCUGGUGGAUGAUCAUGGGGAAACUGCACUGCACAUCGCCUGCAAGCGAGGCUCUCUUCGCUGUUUCAGCGUCCUGACCCAAGGCUCCCCCCACACGCUGCCAUCCAUCCUGCUCCAAGCCAAUUACAGAGGUCACAACUGCCUGCAUCUCACCUGUAUCAAUGGCUACCUGUCUCUAUGCGAAAGCCUUGUUCAGCUGGGUGCAGACAUCAAUGCACAGGAGCAGUGCAGUGGCCGCAGCCCCCUUCACCUGGCUGUGGACCUGCAGAACCCACAGCUUGUGCGGCUGCUUAUCUCCCUGGGUGCCAAUGUCAACAGCCUGACCUACAGUGGGCACAGUCCCUUCCACCUGACCUACGGACGGCAUGAUGCAGGCAUCCGGGAACAGCUGUACGGGCUGACGGAUCGCAGCUUGAGGGAGCUGCCGGAAAGCGAAUCUGAGGACAGCGACGAGGACCCAGGGUCUGAGGACGAGAUGUACGAUGACAUCAUGCUUGUAGGACAGCAGUAGCCGGGCCUGGCCCAAAAGCCAGCCUCGCAGAGGAGACCGAACAAGAAAGAUCAGUGGCAGUCGUCAGCACUCACGACACCGUGGUGGGCAUGGGCAACAGAGCUCGGUUCCCAUAAUGCCCUUCUGUCCCCAGUGCAUCCACUUGUAUAAUGUACAGAAAUUAAGAGAUUUAUUUUUUUACUAAAUAUUUUCAAGAAAUGUACAUAUUGUAAAUAUCAAAUGUGUAUAUUGACACUACUGUAAAUAUGAACACACUCCUAUAAAUUAAACAAAAUCAUAAAA